AUACAUCACUAUAUUGAGAGUGAAUGUGAACUUUUGAAUGACCAUUACAGAACCGGUGAUUGUUUUGUUACAAAUAUAGAACUGAAUUUUUGUUCAUCAAUGUAUUACCUCUUGGAGAGUUUAAUAUUGAAAUAGUACAUAUAAUAUAUAGUGGUUUUAGUAGUGUUUGUGUAUUUGUAAGUGUAAAUUAAAGUAAUUAAAGGACAUCGCAAUUAUCGAGAGAAGACUACUGACGAUUACCUAUAGCUUGAAGAAUAAAUUUAGGUUAAGUAAAUUUGAAGAUCACACAAGAUGGAUACUUUAGACGAUUCUGAAAACAACGCCAAAAUAUCAGAUUCUGCGUAUUCUAAUAGCUGCAGUAAUAGUCAGUCCAGGAGAAGUCACAGCUCGAAAUCGACUCAUUCCGGAAGUAAUUCAAGUGGUAGCAGUGGUUAUGGUGGAAAACCCUCCACAUCUGGAAGCAGUGAUCAACAACAAGAAAAAAGAAAUAAAGAAAAAGAACCUAAGAAAAAGAAGCAACCCCAAACAGAGAAUGUCAUACCACAACCACCGCCUGAAGAAGAAAGCGGGCCUGUUGAACCGGUACAGGUCGUCAAAACACCCAAAGAAGAAAUAAUAAUAAACGAAGUUGACCAGACACCAUCGCCACAACUAGCACAGGAUGAGAACGGUCCGGAAAGUAUGGAUGUAGCCGUUGAAGACAGACUCAGUGUUAUAGAUGAGGUUGUUUCGUGCAAUAUAUCGACGGUCAACACAAUGAACCUGGUACCCUGCCGAUCGACAUCUUCCGCCUGUUCAGAAGGAUUUUCGUGUGUAAUAUCGAUGGAUGACGGUGUUAUUAUGUACACCACAUCGUCUCUCACCGCUAUGCUGGGUUUCCCGAAGGACAUGUGGAUCGGAAGGUCUUUCAUAGAUUUCGUCCAUCCCAGAGACCGGAAUACGUUUGCAUCUCAAAUAACAAGCGGGUUGGCUGUUCCGAAAACUGUAAAUGGUAAAGAAAAAGCUCAAUCUCCAGGGAGUUCUGUGUCGACUAUCGUGUGUCGGAUCCGUCGGUACAGAGGACUGAACUCCGGCUUUGGUGUCAAGGAACACGGAGUGAAAUUUAUGCCUUUUCUUCUUAAACUCACAUUCAAAAAUGUAAAUGAAAAAGAUGGCAAAAUCAUUUAUUUGGUGAUACGAGCUACGCCUUUUGUCUCAGCUUUCAAAGUACCAAACGAAACUGUAACAAAAGCUGUGCCAUUCGUGAUGCGUCACUCUGCCAACGGUUAUAUAGAUUACAUUGACCCCGAGUCUGUCCCGUACCUUGGAUAUUUGCCUCAGGAUCUAACUAAUAAAGACGCGCUUCCCUUGUAUCAUCCAGAAGAUUUAGUGUAUUUGCGUCAAAUGUAUGAAACGGUUGUGAAGCAAGGGGGGAUGCCGCGCUCCAAACCGUACAGAAUGAUGACUUACAACGGUGAUUAUAUAAAAGUAGAAACUGAAUGGUCUUCUUUCAUCAAUCCUUGGUCUAGAAAACUGGAAUUUGUCAGCGCGAAAAUUUUUAUUGUCGAGGGUCCAUCUAAUCCAGACGUUUUUCACCCAAUGGAAUCAGACAAAGUUUUGAAACUAACUGAAGAGGAGAAAAUUAAGUCACACGCAUUAAGAGAAAGCAUUGUCAGAAUUUUAAAUGAAGUGCUGACAAAACCUGCGGAAGUAGCUAAACAACAAAUGAGUAAACGGUGCCAAGAUCUCGCCGUCUUUAUGGAAAAUCUGCUGGAGGAACAACCAAAAGCGGAUGAAGACUUACGUUUGAAAAUACAGGAUCAAGACAAUAGCUAUUAUGAGCGGGAUUCAGUGAUGCUCGGUGGCAUAUCACCUCACCAUGACAACAAUGACAGCCAGUCCAGUACCGAGACACCGCUUAGCUAUAACCAACUCAACUACAACGAAAAUCUUCAAAGAUAUUUCGACAGUCAUCAGCCUUUUCGUUCUGAAGAUUUUAUUUUCGGGCCUGGUGGAUAUAUAGUGACGGAAAAAAUUACCCAUCCUCUAACAAGCUGCCUGUCCCCGUUAGCGACAAUUUCCGGAGACUCUGUCGAGAUGAACAGUUCUUGCGGGAGUAACCCGGACUUAAUGCCGAUUAGUUGUGCCCCUACAUUGAGCGGAUUCCAACAAGUGCGGCUCACCGAGGCGAUUAUUAAUAAGCAUAACGCAGAAAUGGAAAAGGAGCUGAUGAAAAUUCAUAGAGAAUUAAGCUGUAGUACCAAAGGUGAAAGAGAAAAGAUAUCCAAGGAAAACAGGAAGAAGAGGAAAGAGCAUUUAGCAAGAUGCAAUGCAACUUUCCAGCCAACUGCAGCCGGCACUCCGUCUGUCGCUGAAACCCCGCGCUCACGAAAGUCUAUUCAAAAUCGUCAUGGGAUAAAGCGCUCAAAACAAUUGGACUUUGAAGAGAGCUCACACAAGCAUCAUUGUUCAUCGACGCGGACAACUCGACGUAAGCAAACGACGAGCGCUGCUGCAGCACAAUGCUCCUCUACAAUCACAACAACCGUAGCUGCCAACCAUUGGACACCGAACCCAAUGAACAACAUGAACACGUUCAUACUGGGCGUCGGAUUACCACAACAAAUGUCGAUCAUAAGACCGGUGCUUCCGCAACAAAUGCCUACUAUGACUGCCGUGCCAGGCAUGUUCCCAAUGUAUUACGCCCCGGCGGAGUCAGCCCCAGCCUUGGCCUCGAGUUCGAGCAAUGUAGACGCCUCUAAAAAUACUGGGCCAUAUCCAGCGCAAGCGAUGCAAUGCAUGAUGUACGGACAAACGGUGUACGGGUCUCCAUUUGUGUACUCCCCUAUAACGCCGCACGUGUCGUACCCGAUGCAGCAGACUAUGAUGCCGCAGCCUAUGCAAUGCACCAACACCACGAGUCCCUUAGGGCUCACAAGUAGUAAUUAUGAAGAGGCAUGUAAACCUAGUUUACACCUGAGAUCAAGUAAAUUGGGCAACUGGCGGGACAAAAAGCCAACUGAAUCUCAAGGCACGACGUCUAAGAUGGGACAAGGAAAUGUGGAUAGCUUAUAUUCUUCAAAUACUUUAAAUCGGGCGUCUGGAGCACACAGUAGCGACAGUCAGAGCGGGAAUGAAAAGUCUGCCAAAUCUUCAGAGCCGAGGUGUCCAUCAGACAGCCCCAAGAGUACGGAUAUGGUGUUGGAUACUGGCGAUAGUGGGUCCAGAUCGGAAAAAUCGAAAAGCACCAGGGCAGCAAUAAACAGCGACGAAAAUGUGGACAGAAUGGAUGGAGAAUCCAGCUAUUCGUCUUUCUAUUCGUCAUUUUUCAAGACUGAGUCUGGAAGCGCGGAAGAGAGUGGAGACGCUAAGAAAACUCCUAAAAUUAGGUUUUGGGACAGAAAUCGUCGAGGUGAAGAUCAGAGUUCUGGUGAAGCGACGUCGUCGCUCUACGAACCACGACAAUCCAAAAAGGUAGCCAAGAGGAAAAUAGAACCUCCAUGGCUAGAACAGGUGUGUGUGACAUCUGAUCUCAUGUACAAGUAUCAAGUCCUGCCAAAGAGUAUGAAUGAAGUUCUUAUAUCCGAUAAAGAAAAAAUCACCAGCAUUGAACAGCCGUCGUUAGUGAACGAACAAUUGGGCCAACUCUACGUGGAUUUGCAACUUGAAGGCGUAGCUUCGAGGCUCACACUCGAAGAAGGCAUCACCAGUUCCAGUAGUUCUGGAGAAGAAACUUUGACUACCACUCCCAAGGCACCUCGAAGGAAACGUGAAUAUAGUAAGUUAGUUAUGAUUUACGAAGAGGAUGCACCUUUACCGUCCCCGCCAGAGGGCGAUGCGGUUGUAGGAUCUUCUGAGGAUAUGCAACCAGAAAUGAACCAGAAAUAAUAAAGUAAGAGACAUGUUACAGUGAAUAAACAAUGUAAAAACAAUAAUUACAAGUGAUAUAAAAGGGUAACAAUUAAGUACGUUUAUUAGUUUUUAAGUAAUUUUGACAGUUAAUCUUAAGAACUAUGAUUAGAUUAUAACCUGUUUUGUUCAAAAAAUCUAGUGAAGACUUUAGUAAUAGAGUAGAAGUAUUACGUUUUCUUAUUUUUUAUUUCUGUAUAUUCUUACCCAUGUCACCUAAGUGACUUGUUCGUAUUUCACUUUUUCUAAUAGUACUGCCUAGUCGCGCAAUUUUCGUACACUUGGUAGCUAAAAUAGUAUUAAGCCGCUUUACCUUUUUAAGUUCAUUAAAUUUGAUUCUUAGAUUUUUUUAUAUUUUUUAUAGUUUUUGAAAACUAUUGUGUCUGCUUUUGUUUAUGCGCCAAAUCCAUUCCAUUUACGAUCCCGGUGAUAUUUCUCGAUCUCAGAAUAUAAUAAAAAAGUGUUGUAGUCAAUUUAUUUAAGAUAGUAAUUGGAUCUUUAAUCUGAGCGGAAUAUUCAAGGACCAAUUCAGGUUGACUGGUUUCAUGGCCUAUUAAAAUAAGUUUUUUUUUUUUAUAAAAAUAUGAUUAAGACUAUAAUUUUUAAUAUAAUAGUGAGAGGAAUUUGUUGACUGUUGCUAUUAUGGUGAACGUAAUAGUUUUCUUAUAUUUUAUCUAAAUCUUGCAUUAUAUUUAAUUGACCGAAGUGCGUAUUGAAACUAUAUAUUUUUUUAUUUGAGAGACUCUUAAUAUUAUAAAGUUUUGAGCGAAUGCAGUAAGAGUAAAUUUUAAUACAAAUAAUUGACAUAUUUUCAAAAUUGUAUGCGCAGGAUCAGAAGUCUCUAUUUUUUAUAUUUAAUGAAACCGAGAUUUUGGAAAUUUUAAUGUCCUUAUAAUAGAAACAAAAUAUUAAAUUGAUGCAAAUAUUUUUUGUGAUAGUAAACUUUUUUAAGCAUAUAAAUAGUAUAUAUGUUUCAACUCAAUUAUACAAGAUGUAUAGGAAUACAUAUCCUCAUUUCAUAUCCGAUCUUUGUAAAUGGUUUAAUUAUAUCUCCUAAAAUAAUACAAUUUAUUUAUUCUAAUUAUGCCGUUGUUCUAAUGUUAUUCAAAAUUGAUUAUUGUUUGAUAUAAAAAACAUACGACAUAAUUUUGCAAGGUAUUAGCGUGAUCAGCGGUUUAGUAAGAGAAUAUGAAUUACGAGCAAAAAUUGAAUCAUAAAAAUAAAUAUUCCUUGAUGUAUUUGUCGAUUGUUACCCUUAUGCAGAAUGCCCACAUUUCCUUGAGUAUUUGAAUCCAAUAUGAUAGGGGCCUACCGCUGUGUCUCUAAUUAAUUUGGAUUCUUUGUUAUUAUUAGAGAGUUAGAAAUAUAAAUUAAAACACAAUAUUUUUAAUGAUCGUCAAAUUCAAACGUACUAGCUUUUAACAUUUUUUUUAUUUGUUUUUGUUUUCGUUAUCAAUAUAAUUAUACUUAAAUAGCAUUUUUUAAAUUUUAUACUUAAAGUUCCUAAACUUAAUAAACAAAUAUAUUUUAUAAUUAUAUGUAAGUUUUGUGAUAAAAUAUCAAGGACUUUCUUGAGUUGAACUUUGUGAUAAAGUAGGGCUUUAUUGAUCGUAUUAUAUCUUUUAGAUAACAUAUGAUUUUUAGGAAAAUAAUCGGAUUUGGUUUUCAAUUAUACGAGUUAUUUUAAAUUUUUAUUUGACGGCGUUGAUUAAAUUUUUCUUAACUAAAGAUGCCUACUUUUAUAUGUACGUUUUUGCACUGACGCAUUAAUAUUUAUCAUGUAGGCAUCCAUUAGUUUUUAGCGACGUAAAAAAAAAGAAAAAAUACUUUUCGUUUUCAUAAAAAACGGUUUUCAAUUACAUUCUACUUUUUAUUAUAUUUGAUUUUAUUAUAACUUCAUAUUUCGUAGCCACUUUUGCCCAAAAUAACCAUAUUGAGUCAGUGUUUUAUUUUCUGUACCAUUUUUAAAUCCGACCGCUGUUCAUACUAAUGUCGACUGUAUCAUAUUUUUAAAUGCAAUAGCAAUAUAGGGUUGUGUUUAAGUGCUUGUGAACAUGCAUAUUCCAAAGAUAUCCAAAUAUGUAGUUGAAUAUUUACAAAUAUAGUUAGAAUAUACGAGUAUAUAUUUUUUCAGCAUUUUGCAAAUAUUUACUUAUACGUAUAUAUGUUUAAAUAUUCAUGUUCAAUUUUUUAUAUUUUAACUUUUAUUGUCCUGUUGACAUUAACAUUUUUUAUAUAACAUAUUAUAAUUAGCAGAUAGUAGGUGUAAUGCGAUAUCGUCUACUAAAUAUAAUAUGUAUGUUCGUAACAGAUCCAAAUUAUCAACCAAAUACUGAAUAAUUACUAAGUUUGAGUUUUAAAGUUACAAAUGUUAGUGCAGUAUAUUUGUUGUUAACUAUUCGAAGAACGAUAUUCUUUACAGUAUGUUACAAUAUUGAUACAUGCCUUAUAUUGAUACAUAUUUAACUAGUUAUUCAUAAAAACUUAGAACGUCCGUAGUAUUUUAUCUCUUUCUUUAAAAUUUCAAGUUUGAUUUCAAAAGAAAUAUUCUACUACUUCAGAAUGUAAUUUUGUAGUAUUAGGAACAACGUGUUUAAUUGAAUUAUAAUUUGAAAUUAUUAGUUGUUAUUUUAAAACCAUUGUAUAAAUUAAUUGCUUGUUUUGUGAUAUAACACUGAAACCGUCUUCUUUAUAGUCUAAAAGAUGUUAUGAACGCCAUAUUUUAAUUUAUGUUAUAAAAGUGUGACAUACUUUAAAAAUGUUUGAAUCCAUGAUAAUAUAUAAUGUUAAAGCGUGGAGGAAGUGCAAUUAAUAACCAAAAUUAAUUUUUAUUUUUUAGUUGCAAGAGGAAACUUUGAAAUGAAAAAUAAAAUACUAAUUAUUGUAUAUUUUGUACUUUGAAUUUUAUAAUAAAAAAAAUUAAUUUUUAUAUAAUACGCAUUAACCAGAAAAAGCAUAAUAAUGAUAAUAUUUAAAAUUUUCAAAAUUUAAAUUUAUUUUUGUUUGUAAAUUUAUACAGAGGUAAUAAAAUAUAUAAUGUAUUUAACUUAAUUCAUAUAAUGUUAUGUUACUUGAUUUAAAAAAAUUUAAUAUCUUUGUUAAAGAAUAAAUUAAUAUUCUUUGUAUGAGCUUUCUAUAAAACAGGGUAAUCAUGUUAUUUAUUGGAUAAUUUUAAUAUCAAAUCGUAUGACGAUAGCGUGCUCUUGUGACAAUUCAAGAUGACGGUUUUUAUUAUACACGAAAGCAUAGCUUGCCAUAAUGAUAACUUUAGGUGCUCUCGAAAUUAUUAAGUAAGUAAUUAUAUUCUUAUGUGAUCUAAAUAUAAAUAUUAAAAAGAUAAUUUUUGGAUUGGUAUACUCAGUAUUGGGGACUUCGGCCCGCAGUUAUAUGUUUAAUCGACUGAGAUAACCGCUUCAUUAAAAUUGUUUAUUAAUGUAUCCUAUUUAAGAUAUAGGCUAUUAAUGUAUCAUAGUCAGAUAGAUAUAGUUCUCGUGAAACAGAGUUGCGAUUGAUAUUUUUCUAUUGACUCUUGAUAUUGAAUUUGUAUUGUUCAAACAGUACUGGGUUAUUGCACAAGAAAAUUAUGUCUGCAUACCCUUAGAUGUAGAUGCCGCCGUUAUAUUAAUAGUGGUAAAUUGUAAUCAAAUCAAUGAAAAAAAUUCUCAAAAUUAUCUCUAUGAUAAUAUGAGGACAGAAUUCAUUGACGUUAUGUUUUGUUAAUAUUAUUUUUUUCAUUUAAUAUAUAUAUAUAACUAAGUCUUUGCUUAAAUAAAUCAGUGAUGUUGACUGAUA